GCGCUCCGAGCGCUCCACGCUGCGCCGCCGCGAGCAAUGGUUCACAGGGCCCAGCGCUGGGCGUGCAGCCCCGGGCGGGGGCGCAGGGCCGGGGCGGGACCCCACGGGGUCGCCGGGCUUGCUGCUAGCAGCGGACUAUCGUCGUAGGGGGACGCGGGGCGCGCGUGGGCCGGGGUGAGCAUGAGGACUCUCCGCAGGUUGAAGUUCAUGAGUUCGCCCAGCCUCAGUGACCUGGGCAAGAGGGAGCCGGGCGCGGCGGGUGCGGACGAGCGGGGCACGCAGCAGCGCCGGGCCUGCGCCAACGCCACCUGGAACAGUAUCCAUAACGGCGUGAUCGCUGUCUUCCAGCGCAAGGGGCUGCCCGACCAGGAGCUCUUCAUCCUCAACGAGGGUGUCCGGCAGCUGCUGAAGACAGAGCUGGGGUCCUUCUUCACUGAGUACCUGCAGAACCAGCUGCUCACAAAGGGCAUGGUGAUCCUUCGUGACAAGAUACGUUUCUAUGAGGGACAGAAGCUGCUGGACUCACUGGCGGAGACCUGGGAUUUCUUCUUCAGUGAUGUGCUACCAACCCUGCAAGCCAUCUUCUACCCUGUGCAGGGCAAGGAGCCAUCGGUGCGCCAGCUCGCCCUGCUACACUUCCGGAACACCAUCACCCUCAGCGUGAAGCUGGAGGACGCACUGGCCCGCUCUCACGCACGCGUUCCCCCUGCCAUCGCACAGAUGCUGCUGGUACUGCAGGGAGUACAUGAGUCCAGGGGUGUGACCGAAGACUACCUGCGCCUCGAGACAUUGAUCCAGAAGGUGGUGUCUCCAUACCUGGGUACCUAUGGCCUCUACUCCAAUGAAGGGCCCUGUACCCAUUCCUGUAUCCUCGAGAAACGGUUCCUACGGCGCUCCCGCUCUGGGGAUAUCCUAGCCAAGAAUCCAGUGGUGCGCUCCAAAAGCUACAACACCCCCCUGCUCAAUCCUGUGGCCGAGCACGAAGCAGAAGGCACGGCGGCCGGUGGCACAAGCAUCCGCAGACACUCAGUCUCUGAGAUGACAUCUUGUCCGGAGCCCCAAGGCUUUGUGGACACGCCUGGCCAGGGCCCUUCGGGGACCUUCAGGUCUUCUCCAACACCCCACUCAGGGCCUUGCUCCAGCAGACUAUACACCCCUGUCCAUUCUCCCGAACAGGGCCCAGGCCAUGGCUCCCCGCCCACCUCCAGCCCUGAGACACUUGUGGACCAGAUCCUGGAGUCUGUGGACUCAGACUCUGAAGGGAUAUUCAUUGACUUUGGGCGGGGUAGUCGCUCCAGUGUGUCUGACUUUGAGGCAACAGGCGGUCGGCCGAGUGUUGUUUGAUGGCCUGGGGUUAGUUCAUGUUUUUACUGCCCCUGUGUGUUUGCGUGUCUGUGUGUGAGAGAGACUUGUUACUCUUUCUUAGCCUUGCCAGCCCCUCCCCCCCCCCCCCCCGUCACUUCCUCAAGUCACUUUAUACUCCUAGUCUGUUGGAAAAUCCACCCAACUCCCCCUGCUCACCCCUGGACUGAUUGGGAUACCCAGUCAGCACCACCCAGCCGCAUACACCACCACCUGGGGAAUGGGGUCACCAUGUGCCCCCCUGCCUGCCCCACCCUUGGUGCCCACACUUACCCAGGAAAAUGUGAAACCAGUGGGCUGUGCCUAUGCCGGCCCAGCCUGGCCUCCGUAGUGACGGGACUCAAGGCUCAGUCAGGCCUGCCUGCCUGCCUCCCUCUGCCCUGGGUGGCCACAGAACAGGAAGGCAUGAAAUAAAGUUACGGCUCCAGGCGCC